CUUAUUUUUAAUUUUUAGUCAAUGUUGACUUGAAUGUCCUAUAAUAUACAGUGUAGUAAUAUAUUGUACAUAUAUGUAAUUUGUAAUAUUUGUUAAGAAUAAAACUAAACUGAUAAUGCACUAGAAUAUUUCCUGUACGUGGACUUUUAGUGAAAAAUUGUGACCUUUCUCGAAACUUUUUCUUAAACUCUAGACGAAACUAGCAAAAAAAGUGUUACGUUAUUAUAUACAAUCAUUUCUUUAUAACAAAUAAAGUGCAGUGAUUUGGAUAAGAACUGCAGGUGGGAAGUAGGCCAAUUUGGUGGUAAACAAAAGCUUUGCGCACUGAUAUAUCGUAAGUUCUAGAUUGGUUGUACUGUUAUUUUGUCCGGACGAUGGGCUUUGUAUUGGGUGGUUGUGUUUAGCAUAUCAUGGAAAGAUUGUCUCAUGACCUAAACCUGGCACUCGAAGAAAGUAACUGUGGCCGGCAAGAGCGGCGGAAGCUGGGGCUACGACGGCGCACCAGAUCCGCUGGGAAUUUGCCGGCCACCGUAACAGUAAGUCUAGUAGAAGAUGGAAGCUCCAGCAGUCCACCACAAGCACCACUCAUCACACAACCGCUGUCUGACUCCGAUGACCCUCAUCUCAAUCUGCACAAGUCCACCAACCUAAAGUCAAGACAGUACUGCCAAAUCGGCAACUUUGAAUCUGAUUCAUUCAAUGAAAACUUCUCUCCCACUCGUCCAGCCAAUGCUAGAAGGAAAAGAAAGUAUAAGAAGAUGCCAGUAGAAUAUAUAGAUGGAAAAAGGUCACCACCUGUUGAAAUAUUGAGUGUCACAACUGAGUUGAGUACUUCUCCAACUACAAUACUAUUACAAACACCAGGAUUAUCACCUUUGUUGCACAUCGGAAAACAUAAACAAGAAAGGAAUGCAUUGUGCGGUAAAAGAAAAUGGUCUCACAGAGAUAAAGGCGAUGUUUGCGAAAUGAGAGAAAGAUCAUUCAGCGGAGGCUGCUCUUCCAAGUCAACAUUCUUCAAAAACGAUUUCAAAUCCAAAAGACACGACUCAGACAAGAAACGGAGAGACUCUAUCCUACAACCAGGUAAAAUUGUUCUUAAAUCUCAAAAUACAGAAGAUCCGAAAUGUUCAACGUUCACAAAUACACCUUCGUUGCCAGGCAGUUCAAGUUUUAACUUUGUGUACAAGAAUCCAUCAAAAAAUGGUACACCAAUACUGUCAAAAAUGACUGGCUAUCGAAUAACGACCGAUCUACCACCUUUCUUUAAUCCGACUGGUAAAAAUUGUUUAGAUGGAAAAUAUCAGAGGAAGAUAAAGAUGUUCAACAAGUCUCAUCCGCCCAACUCCCUAAGGAAUCCUUUGCAAUUUGAUGAUUCCAACAGUGGAAUGGAUUGCACUGGUAAUGAAAGUAGUUCACUCAGCAGCAGCGAAUCAGAUGGAGUGGUCACCAACGACAGCGAUAGAGAAGGAGAUGAUGAACUAACAGACUGGCCUGGAAUUGAAGAACUGAAAGUAUUCAAUAAGAGUCUAACAUUCAAAUCAUCUAAAGUCAAUAAUAAUUGCACAAAAACAGUUAGCAGCAUGCCUCCACCAAAACGAUUGAAGAAAGAGAAUAUUAGUGGAAAAAGUGCUUGGAGUAAUUGUAAGAAUCGAUUCAAAAAGAAAAGAGCUAAAGUCGAUUCCGGUAAUGAUGAUGAUAUGAUGUCAGAUUCCAAAACAAUAAUCGAUUUGGAAGAUGAAGUGGUAUCGAAAGAGAAUAGAGAUAUUCUACAACCGCAUUCGUCAUUCUCUAGUUUUAGUGACAUAAAGAACGCAGGAGUUUCAGGGAAGAAUGCAGAUGAGACGUUUUUUCAGUCCUUUCAGGUUUUCGUGGAGAAAUCUGAGCAAAACGAGGAAGCUAUCAAUCAAACGCCGCGGACGAAUUUCACGUUACAGAAGACGUCAUCGAGCGAUUUGAAUAUAAGCGAAAAGUCACCACAAAGCGAUCAUUACUGCAGUGAACAUUCAAUGGGUAAUAUACCAGUUGCAGAGAUAAGGGAAAUUCGGGCCGGAUGUAGGAGGAUAAGGGAGGAACGGCCCGGAUUUCUUAUAUUGAGUGCGGCUAAUGAACAGUUGUCUAAAUUCCUUCAGGACUCUUGUCAAAUUGAGCUGAAGCUGCCAAGUUUGCAAGAUCCUGAGGAAAAGGAGAAAUUGGAGUCUUUAGCUAAACUAUACUCUUUGGAACUUGAAAUGGAGAUGGAUCGACCAGUACUGAGGAAAACAAGCAACACAAUGCAAGCAAUUCGCGUUGAACAUUCCUGUCACAAUUUCCCUUCAGAUCACAAACGUAGAUGUUACGGUGAGGAUAAUGAUUCCAGCUUGAGUCUGAGUGAUCAGAACUCGGUCACUUCAGCUCAUGAUUUGGACGAAGUACAAUAUCCAGCUUCCGAGGACCACAAAUUGGAAGCAGAAGAUAAACUAUUGGAUAACUUUUCAAGAACUUUAGUUGAUAAUUCCCUUCUAGAUCCAGGUGAUGUUGAUUGA